GUUUGCGAGAACUGCCACGAUCAGGUUUUCCCGACUCGUCUACUUCGAAGUCGUCUUAGACUUGUAGCAGACGACGUUGACCGAAAGAAUAGAUCUGCUGAUUAGCAUUUUCGAGUCGAGGAAACUCAAUCAACAGUAAAAUUUUAGUAGUGCAUAUGUCGACGCCAUUGUGAGUGCAUGAUUGCUUCAGCCAUGAAGUGGGUUAAUAAGGGAAUCAAGGCGAAUAUUGAAGGACAGAGUACAGCGGCUGAAGAUGAAGGGCGUUUCGAUAUGCUGGGGCUGGAAGUGGGAGAUUUGUCAAACCCUGUCCACAGAAGAACCAUCAGGAGACCGAAAGAGAAUCUUUUCAAAUCGACUUUUCUGACUGUGACAGUUAUCCUCGGUGUCACACUACUUGUUUUAUUCUUCCCACAUGGAUUAGGAAGUUUCAGUAGAAAGCAAGUUAUUGAUGUUGCUGAACAAACCAGUGCCAAAUGUAACCAAUCUUGCCAAAUUACUCUAGUGGAAAGCAUACCAGAGGGACUAACUUAUCCCAAUAAAACUAUCCAGCCAUCUAUAUUUGAUAGUUGGUUACGUCUGAUUGACAUGGCAGAGGAUUCGAUUGAUAUAGCAUCUUUUUACUGGUCCUUGAACGGAGAAGAUGUUGUGCCUCAUCCUUCAGCUUGGAAGGGAGAGCUGGUAUUCAAACGGCUGAAAGAAGCCGGACUUGAACGAGGAAUUCAGAUUCGCAUCGCUCAAAAUCAACCUUCGAAAUCAGCUCCGGAUGAAGAUACAAGUGUGUUAGAAUCCUUGGGAGCUGCCGUCGUCCGUACCUUGGAUUUUAGUCGUUUGAUUGGUAGCGGAAUUUUGCACACCAAAUUGUGGGUGGUAGAUGGAAAACAUUUUUUCGUCGGUUCUGCGAACAUGGAUUGGCGUUCCCUAACUCAGGUGAAAGAACUGGGAGCAACGGUUUACGACUGCCCAUGUUUGGCCAAAGACAUGUCAAAAAUUUUCGAAGUCUAUUGGGCGUUGGGCGAUGUAAACGCUACAAUUCCGGAAUCAUGGCCACAAGAUUUGUCCACUCGCAUAAAUUACACGAAUCCCCUGAUGGUGGCCUUGAAUGAUACACAGUCCUCCGUCUACUUAUCGAGUUCUCCCCCUCAAUUGUGUCCACAAGGUCGGACAUCCGAUUUGGAAUCCGUAUUGCAUACAAUGGAUCAAGCUCAUGAGUAUAUAAAUAUCGCCGUCAUGGACUACAUCCCGGCAAUGCUGUACACACCACACCACCAAUUCUGGCCAGAUAUUGAUAACCAGCUCAGACGGUUAGCUAUCAACAGAGGCAUCAAAAUUCGGUUACUGGUUUCGCAUUGGAAACAUACCACACCUGCCAUGGUGCCAUUCCUGAAAUCGCUGGCUGACAUUUCAAACGUCUAUCCACACGUGGACGUACAAGUCAAAAUCUUUAUUGUUCCUGCCUUCAGCCCCGAUCAAGAGAAAAUACCCUUUGCCCGCGUCAACCACAACAAAUACAUGGUGACCGAUAAGGCUGCUUACAUAGGAACUUCCAACUGGUCUGGUGAUUAUUUUAUCAGCACAGGAGGUGUAGGACUGAUAGUCAACUCAAGCGAGUCUAGUGGACAAACUUUGCAGAGUCAGCUCAAGGAGCUUUUUGAUCGAGAUUGGAACUCUGCCUACGCUCAUCCAUUGGAUUCCAUCAGCAUCUCCUAAAAAAAACAAACAUUUGAAAUGAUUUUGUGUGUGUGUGUGGUGCCAAGCAAACGGCAACAGUGUCAGAGCAUAUCUAUUUCCUUUGCCGGUCCUUA